AUGAUCUUGUCCAACCUGAGCGACUGCGCGCAGCUCAACAGCGCUUUGUGCUCCGGAGUUGGAGCUUGGGACGGGGACGAGUUGGACGCAGUCCCCGGGGAAGGACAGUCGCUGCUCACCCCGACAGGCAAUCUGGUGGUCGCCGUGUGCCUGGGCUUCAUCGGGACUUUUGGCUUUGUGAACAAUGUGCUGGUUCUGCUGCUGUUCUGUCGCUACAAGAUGCUGCGAUCACCCAUCAACCUGCUGCUCGUCAACAUCUCCGUGAGCGAUCUGCUCGUGUGCACGCUCGGGACGCCGUUCAGCUUCGCCGCCAGCACGCAGGGACGCUGGCUGAUCGGGAGAGGAGGAUGCAUGUGGUACGGGUUCGCCAACUCGCUCUUUGGCAUCGUGUCCCUCAUCUCCCUGGCUGUCCUGUCCUAUGAGCGCUACAGCACUAUGAUGGCCCCUACAGAGGCAGACCCAUCCAACUACAGGAAGAUCUCAUUGGGCAUUGCACUCACCUGGCUCUACUCCCUGGUCUGGACCCUGCCCCCGCUCUUCGGCUGGAGCAACUAUGGGCCAGAGGGUCCUGGGACCACCUGCUCCGUGGACUGGACGGCUAAGACGGCCAACAGCAUGUCCUACAUCAUCUGCCUGUUCAUCUUUUGCCUUAUCGUGCCAUUUCUGGUCAUUGUGUUCUGCUAUGGGAAGCUCUUGUGCGCCAUCAGGCAGGUGAGCGGCAUCAAUGCAUCGAUGAGCAGGAAGCGCGAGCAGAGGGUGCUCUUUAUGGUGGUGGUUAUGGUCAUCUGUUAUCUCCUGUGCUGGCUGCCCUACGGCAUCAUGGCUCUUUUGGCCACAUUUGGGCCCCCAGGUCUGGUCACUCCUGAGGCCAGUAUCAUCCCUUCUAUCCUUGCCAAGACCAGCACUGUGAUCAACCCAAUCAUUUAUGUCUUCAUGAACAAACAGUUUUACAGGUGUUUCCAGGCAUUCUUGCACUGUACCAUUCCCAGAAGGGGCUCCAGUGUUAAGAGCUCUUCACGGAUCGCUACAAAGGCAUUUAAAGGUGGACCAGGUGCCCAACGGCGAACCAAUGACCUCCUCUUUAUGGUGGCCUCUCUGGGUCAGCCAGCUGUCACAGUGCCCCAGCUCAGACCAUGCUUCGAGCCCACCAAUGACAUCACCAAAGCCCCCUCAUCAGACAUCAACACCAACAAACCUGUGGUGGUGUCUCUGGUCGCACACUUGGAAGGCUGA